GAUUCUUUCGAAUGUUUAUUAAUGGUGCACCGUGCAUUUCGUGUGCAAAAAUGUCAGAUAAAAACAAUAGGAAAUCUCGACGAGUAUAUUUCGCUACGGAAAAAAAAACAAGCUGUUGAAUUGAUACAAAAUAGGUUAAGUAAUAAUAAGCGAAGUUGGGAUAAUGAAAAUGAUGAAAAGAAUCAGAAAAUGAGACAGCAUUGCACAAGUACGACAUUACAAAGGAUAUCGGAUUAUAUGUCUUUUAUAGGAUUUUCUAAAAGCUUAUUUAUGUUAGAAAUUAAGUCACAUUUAGGAAAACAAAACUGGAAGCAUAUACAACAUCUAUAUCCACUCUUAUUAGAUUAUUCGAAUGAUAUUGAAUAUGUAAUCUGGCGUUACGCGCUAAUUAUUUUUUUGUAUAGCCCCAAUAGCGAUUCAUCCAACUUGCAACAAUUUUUAGAAAUUUGUGUUGGUAAUCAUAGACUCAAUGAUAGAAAAGAAUUGGAAAGAUUAUUACUAUUAGAAUGUAGGAACUCGAUCAAUUCAUAAAUGAAAGUAUUAACCAAAAAA